AUGGCUGACGUGAGCUAUCCCGACACAAACGGCCACAGCCCCAUUGCUGAUAACAUCAAAUCCGAGGCGUCCCGCACCGGUCAAGAAUUCCGCGACUUGAGGAAUGCUACUCCCUCAUCCACCACUGCGACCGGCCAGCCCCUGACGUACUACCACUCUUUGCUAUACGGCCUUCUGAGCUGGGAGCAACCCCGAGCCACCGCCGUCUCCUUCGCGAGCGUCGUCACAUUCAUCUUUGCCGCCCGUUACCUCCCUCUCCUCCGUUGGUUCUUCAAGUUCAUCUAUGUGGUUCUGGGGUUCACCGCUAUUGUCGAAGUCGGCGGCAGACUUGCUCUGUCACAAAGUGUCGUGAGCUCAUUCCGGCCUCGCAAGUACUACACUGUUCCCAAGGAGACGAUUGAGGCUGUAUUGGAGGACCUGGAGCAACUCAUCGACUUUGUCCUUAUCGAGUUCCAGCGUGUUCUGUUCGCCGAGAACAUCGUCCACACCAUCGCAUCCUUCUUCGCCGCUUUCACCGCCUACUGGCUGAUCAAGUUCCUUCCUCUCUGGGGACUGUCCCUGAUUGCUGUCACCAUCGCGUACAUGGGACCCCUGGUCUACAUCAACAACCGUGAAGUCAUCGAUGCACACAUUGCGCACGCACAGGAUGUUGUCAACGCCCAGGCUCACCAGCUGAAGGAUCUUGCUGAGGAGCGCACUUCCCAUGCCACGGGUGUUGUGAGACAGUACGUUGGUGACUACAGCGCCAAGGCCCAGGGAUACAUGCGUCGCUCCGCAACCCCCGAGAUGGCCCGGGCCCCCAGCCCUAUCAUCAAGAAGGAGCCUGAGGCCGAGCCCGAGAUCAAGACUUCGGACUUCCCCGAGGCACCUAAGGAAGAACCCGUCGCCGCUAAGGGGGAGCCCGUAGUCGAGUCAAUUGAGCAGCCUACCGAGGAGGUGAAGGCGGAGCCUCUCGUGGCGGUUUAA